AUGCCUGCCGUACGAAAACUCACGACAUUGGACAUCUUCCUGUUCAUCCCCAACCUCAUUGGAUACACCCGGGUGGUACUGGCUCUCGCAUCUCUACUGAUCAUGCGAUUCCACCCCAAGUACUGCACCAUUCUAUACUGUCUGUCGUGCAUUCUGGACGCUCUGGACGGCUACACGGCCCGAAAAUACAACCAGACCUCCUCGUUUGGAGCCAUUCUGGACAUGGUCACCGACCGAUGCACCACCUCAUCGCUCAUCUGCUACCUGUGCGUGGCGUACCCCAACUAUGCCGUGGCAUUCCAGCUGCUCGUGUCGCUCGAUCUCGCCUCCCACUACAUGCACAUGUACGCCACUCUGACCAGCGGAUCGUCUAGUCACAAGAAGGUCGGCGAGAAGUCGCAGCUGCUCAAACUCUACUACACCAACACCACGGUGCUGUUUGGCAUUUGCGCCGCCAACGAGCUCUUUUUCGUGGCUCUGUACCUGUGGUCCUUCGACUUUGCCUACGAGAACCCCUGGUUUACUGUCAACGGCCACCCCGUUACCUGGGUCGUCUUCAUGGGAGCCGUCACCGCCCCCUGGUGCGCCCUCAAGCAGGUCAUCAACGUGAUCCAGAUGUACCAGGCCGCCGUAUCUCUGGCCGAGCGAGACGUCGAGGAGAAGAACGCCAAGCUCAAGUAA